AUGGUAGAUGUGGGGUCUGUGGGUGCACAUGCAUUGGGCAAUGAGAGUGACCAUGAAGAGAGUGAUGAUUGUGAUAAUGCUGGCAUUGAGUCAUAUCCUUUGGAUGUUAUUUAUGAGAAUGAGGAUGAAGAAGAACAUGAGAUCAAUCAUGGGAUAACAGUCAAUAUCAGAGGUCUUAGUGAUGAAGAGAUUUCUGAUGAUGAAUUGCAUAGUAUUCACAGUGAUGAUGAUUAUGAUGAUGAUGAAGAGGGUGUUGUUACUCAUAAUUUUCCUAACUUUAAACCUAGAAAAGACAUGACAGACUUCAAGUGGGAGAUAGGCAUGAAGUUUGGAAACAGGGAUGAGUUCACAGAUGCAGUAUCUUCCUAUGCAGUAUACUGUGGCAAAAAAAUGAAAUGGGAUAAGCUAGAUCUAUUCAGAGCAAGAGUUGUGUGUAAAUUGGGGUGCCAAUUCUACUUGUAUUGCUCGAAGACUGUUAAUGAUCCUACAUGGCAAUUGAAAUCUGUAAACUUGCAGCGUAGUUGUACUAGGAGUUUGGAAGUUAGAAUGCUCAACUCUACUUGGUUAGCCAAGAGGUUAGUUCCUAAGCUGAAGAGGAACCCUAAGAUGAAGUUGAGGGAGAUAAAGAUGAGAGUAUUGGAGAAAUAUGUUGUCGGGAUCAGUGUUGGUCUUGCGGCUAGGGCAAAGAAAAAAGCAAUGGAUAUUGUGCAAGGCAGUCACAAAGAGCAGUUCAGAAGAUUACAUGACUAUUGUGCAGAGAUAAUGAAAUCUAAUCCCGGGAGUUCUGCUGGAGUUUCAGUUGAAACACCAACUGAUGUCCAUCAAUCAGAGGAUACACCCCCAAGGUCUUUAUCUCCUGUAUUUGAGAGGAUGUAUAUUUGUUUGGAUGCAUGCAAGAAAUCAUUCUCAUUUUGUAGACCCAUCAUUGGGAUAGAUGGAUGUUUCUUGAAAGGUGUUUAUGGAGGACAACUACUUACUGUAGUUGGCAGAGAUCCAAAUGACCAAAUGCUUCCCAUAGCAUAUGCCAUAAUCAAUAGGGAGAACCGGGAGAACUGGACAUGGUUUCUUGGUAGAUUACUAGAAGACAUUGGUUCACACAGAGAAAAUAGAUGGACUUUCAUGAGUGAUCAACAAAAGGGUUUACUGUUGACACUAGAUGAAGAUCUCGAAGGAAUGGAUCACAGGUUUUGUGUUAGGCAUUUAUACAGCAACUUCAAGAAGGUCUUUCCUGGAAGAGAGCUUAAAGAUCUAAUGUGGAAAGCAGCAAGAGCCACAUUACCACAGGAGUGGCUAAGGACAAUGAAAGAGAUUGAGAAGAAAGAUGUAGGAGCUUAUACACGUCUGAUGGGCAUUGAACCAAGAUUUUGGACUAGAUCACACUUCAAUGGACAUCCCAAAUGUGACACCUUGGUUAACAAUAUGUCUGAGACCUUCAACAGUGUGAUUCUAAGUGCAAGGGAAAUGCCUGUUGUGUCAAUGCUCGAGGAAAUCAAGAAUUAUCUAAUGAUAAGGUGGUGUCAAAAUAGAGAAAAAAUUGUUAGGUUUGAAGGAAAUAUAUUGCCAAGGCCAAUGAAGAAGAUUACUGAGAGGUGGGAUGAGAGUGGUAAAUGGCUAUGUAGGUGGGCUGGUGGUAUGAAAUUUGGGGUUUCUAAGAUGAGUGAGACCUUCACUGUCAAUUUGGCUGAAAGAGAGUGUAGUUGCAGACAGUGGGAUAUAUCAGGGCUGCCAUGUUGCCAUGCGAUUAACUGUAUCAAUUUCAAGCAUCACAACAUUGAAGACUAUGUACCUAUAUGUUUCAAGAAACCAGCAUAUGAGAGAUGCUAUGAUAAUAUUAUUGAGCCAACUAAUGGUCCAAAUCAAUGGGAUGAUACCAAACUUCCUGAUAUAUUGCCACCACCAACCAAAAAAGUACUGGGCAGGCCUAAGAAAAGGAGAAGACUAGAACAAGAUGAGAUCAGAUCAACAAUGAAGAAAAGUAGAGUUGCCACACCAAUGAGAUGUCAUAGAUGUGGGAUCACAGGACAUAAUGUAAGGACUUGCAAGGCUGAAGUUACAGCUUCAAACCAAGUUGAUGGUGGAAUUGUGAUUGGCAGAGGACAGAAUAGAGGAAAAGGACAUGCUAGAGGAAGAGGGAGAGAGGCAGGUGGAAGGAGGAAUAGAGUACCUAGAACAAGAGGAGGACAUACUAGAGGAAGAGGGAGAGGGUCAGGUGGAAGAAGUGGCAGAGGUCCAGCUAUAGUUUGUAAUGCAGGACAAGCCAAUAAUCCUAGCAGAUUUAGGGAAGUAGCUGGGAGGAUCCAUCCACAUAUGGUUAACUACCUUAACGAGUGUAACUUCAACAGAACUGACAUGAGAAGAGGCUCAGCAAUGGAACAUCAAACUUAUGUUGGUUAUCAUGCGGAGAGCUCUUCAAGUGCGCAAACGAGGCUGGAUGAAAAUACCUAUCCAAGUCAACAAUCCACUAUUGAUAUGAUGAAUAUUGUAAUGGCUUAUGUCCAACUUUUGGAUUUCUUGAAAACUUCUUUGAUCGAUUUCGUCGAACUGAUGAUAUCAAUCUUGCAGUCAACCAUUUUGGAAUAG